AAAUACUGCUUGCUCGCACCGCUCUGAUCGUUGGGAAAGAUAGCGCAUCAUUCGCACUAUAAGGCCGGAAAACGGUGUAAGACAGGCACGAUCUGUCAAAUGAAACGAUCUAUCGAACGAAAGCUUAGUCCGCGGCGCGGUUGAUUCGUGAGAAGACGACGACACCGAUGGUGCGGCCUAAGCCGCCCGGCCGUCGUUUGACGAUGAGUCCCGGAGGCGCGGCCAAGACGCCCGGUAAGCGGUCGUGCUCAAUGCACCCGCGUGUGCGUUUCAAGCGGCUCCCCUUCUACGAAGUCCUGGCCAAACUUAUGCUACCAACGCGCCUCGCGACCAGCGGAAGCACAGACUGGCAGAAAGUGAGUCUUCAUUUUCAGUUCAGAUCGGAGGACUUGACGGACAUUCGCUCGUCGGUGACAUAUAAAACGGCAUCGAUUCCGGAGUUCAAAGUGCAAGUGCACCUUCGGUUCUGUUUGCUGAACACGAGACACGAGCAGGACGACAGCUACCCUUCCGAUCUGGCCGUAAAGGUCAACGGUCGGCUCGUUUCAGUGCCAGCGCCGAUUCCCUCCAAGGUCUCCGAGGGGGCGACCGAAUGGAUACGUCUGCCCAUCGACAUCGUCACCUCCUGUUUUCUGUCUUCUUCUGUGAGAAACCAGGUUUCUGUGACCUGGCGGCCCGUGCGCGACCGUGAGUACGUCGCUGGUGUGUUCCUGGUCAGGAAGCUGUCGGUAGCGACGAUUCUUAGCGGGCUGCAGCAGCAAAGCACGCAGAGGGCAUCCCUCACGAGAGCGAUGAUCAAGAAAAAGAUGCAGCGCCGGGCGAAUUGCGACGAUGUCGCGGUGACGAGCUUUCGCGUUCCGCUCACGUGCCCGCUGAGCCGGGCGCGAAUGAGCGUCCCGUGCCGCGGUCGUGCGUGCAAGCACCUGGAGUGCUUCGACGCCUCCAACUACCUGCAGAUCAACGAGAGGAGGCCCGCGUGGACGUGCCCUCUGUGUGGUCAGCAGGCAGCAUUCUCGUCGCUGGUUGUCGACCAGCUGUUCGUUCGCAUCGUUGCGGAGGCGCCCGGCGACUGCGACAGCGUCAUUUUCCGCGAGGACGGGUCCUGGGCUCCGUCGGCGUCCCGGAAGGAGGUUUGUGACAUCGACGAUGACGCCGCCACUUCCGCGACACCGUCCUCGUCGAGUGCUCGGAGUUCAACACCACCUUCGCGGUCCUCGCCUACCGAGCAUUGCAAGCGGCCCAAGAUGGAGGUUGUUGACUUGACCGAGCUCAGCAGCAGUGACGGGGAGGAGGAGGAGGUGAGCAGUGCUCCGUGGCGUCAAGUCUAGCCUGUAUAUCAAGUCUAGCCCGUAUAUAUAUAUGGCACCAGAACACUUGCCCUGGACCUAUAUAGCGAUACGUUCCCGGUACCGCUGCAUUCCGCCUCCUCCCUUGCAUCACCUGUGGCGAGGUGACGUCACCGCAGGGAUUUAUUUAUCAAGUUUAAGGAACGGCGAUGGCCACGGCGGGAUAGGCGCUUCCCAGUGCCACAUUCCAAGUGCGCGAAGUCGUAACACGAAUGGAAGCAUCAGUACCCCUCAGUUUCCCAGUAUCCCUGAUCAUGUGGAUACAGCGCGUCGAUUCGCUUUUAUGGCACCGUUUAAACGACUUGCACAGACCUUGGCGCGCCUUGUUAACGUGCGCGAUUGAGUGCAGCCGCGGUUUCAGUGCUGCGUUGAAAGUGUCCAUCGGUAUAAUGAUUCGUUGUCGUGGCGAGCAUUUAUAUAAUUGGGGCUUUCCGGAUUUUAUUGCUCUCGUACGUGUUGUAACGGUAAGAGCAGACAGGUAGAAUAAAUCGAGCUGUUCGCUUGUGAAUGGAUUCUAGUGUUUUGUUAUGGUUUACUUGAAAAGGACCAGUAUAGCGGAGGGCACAGGCGUACUUAUGUUUGGGACGUAGAAUGGUUUUAUAGACACAAUUUCGCAGAAAGGGUGGACGAAAGGUUACGACGUAGCCAAGUGCACGGCUAGCAGAAUUUGUUCGCUUGGUACGAAGUGGCCAAUUAAGAUCAUGAUAGAUGUCUACACAAAGUACAUAAGAAUCUGCAUGAGUUAUACUGCUGUUAAUGCUGUGUGUUGGGGAAGAUAUGAUGGUGGUGGAAAAUAAUUAUAUUUUACUUACGUUCGGCAUCACAAACCUGGUUUCGCAUCAUUCUAUCUUCAGAGAGUAGAAGCGUCGGCAUCGGAUACUUCCAGAGUGUUGUUAAUAAUGUAACAUAACUUUUCUACAGCCGCUUCCUGUUUGUUUAGUCACGACACAGAAUGUGGGAGCAGUACUCUGCGUCGUUUUGACACUCAUUCUGGCUCACUCGAUCAGUUGCCUCGUUUACUGCUACGCAUUGUGAGAGCCGAUGUAGCAGCCUAACGGACGGCCAAGCGAGCCGGAGCGAUUGUCAAAACGCCCCUGUGUCCAGCUCCAACAUGACGACAUAGCGUGUCGAUCUUGACGUCACGAACGUAUCCUCCUGAAAAACUAAACCGAAACUGGCUGUAGAAAAGCCAUUCAAUUAUUCACGGCGUCCUGAGGCUAUCUUUGCCAGGGUUCAGACCAGUUCAGACUAAAGCUUUAGGACUUUCAUUUAACGCAAAAAAAGAAAGUGCAACACCAGUUGAAUAGCCGAAAAUUUCAUUUAGGGCCAAGUGCUCUUCGUUCCGUUGUAGAAGGGGCUCAGAAACGGCCGAUCCAAUUUUUUUUGUGGCAGCUUAUAUGCUGCGUGGCGAUACUUUUCGGCGUUUAAAGGAAGCCCGCGAAGUAUGAAGUACAACCGCGUGAAUGCGCUCGCGCGCUAUCGUAUCGCUAUCGUGCCUCUCAACCUUGUUUCGAGCCUAUCGCUUAUCAGGGAGGACGGCGUUUCCCUUCCGUGUGCCACCGCCAAAGAUGCUGACGCACUGUGAAGCCGAUGCCACGGUCCCCGCGCACGGUUCUUUCCCACGAAGCGAGGUUGAGAGCUCUGCAAUACGAUAGCGCAUGAGCUGUCACGUGCUUUUAUUUCAUAUUUCGCGGGCUUUCUUUAAACGCCAAACAAAAAAAAAUCACCACGCAGCAUGUGCGUUAGCACAAGAAAAUUGGAUCGGUCGUUUCUGAAUCCCCUCUACAACGCAACGAAACUUGCAUAGCCCUAAAGUGAAUAUUAAAAAUUGUCCAUAAUUCAUCUUAACCAACGAAUUAAGCGGAAUGUAAAAAUACAGUUUCAUUCAGCUGCGACUAACCACUUUCUCCUUUUUUUAAUUCUUGGUUCAAGUUACAUGAAACACCCUGUAUAUAUGUAUGGGCGUAGUAGCGAAACUCCCAUGGAAGCCCACAAUCCUGCAAUUUCGGCUUGUUGAGGCACGGCAGCGCCAUCUCCAUCUCCAUUUUGUGGGACCAACUUCUCAGAGGGCAAAAAUCAACGCCUUCCGUUCGAGGCUUGUGGUGCGAAGUCGCCUAUACAGCGCUAGCUCACAUCACAUAGCAUUACACAUACAUAGAGCGCACAACAGCACAAAUGAAGCGUAAUUGAGCACAUUCGCCGCAACAUUGCGUCACAAUGCAACACGAAUGCGUUUACUGACCCAUCUGUAUUUAUAUAUAGCCCUCAUUCUAUAAUGACAAGCAUCACACCGGUGAUAAUUGGGAGUUUCGCAUGGAUCAUCUCUCAGCGCACCUAGCAGAAUCGGCGAAACGCACCAGCCUCCAAGAUGGUCGCGCACGCUGCCGAAUCUCGGAGGCUCCUAUUUCAGUUUCUCUUCUUGUAUUUAUUUUUUUGUGACCCAUACGUUUGCUUAAAUCGCGUGAUUUGAUGCAGGCGCUUGUGCCGCAGUUUAUAUGUUGUGACGACGAGCGCGCAAAUGUGUUUCACUCAUGUUAGUUUCAUUGAAAUUCAUAUUUGCUGUUUCAAGCUGUAACUUAGCGCCACAAUCAUGCCAACUAUUGAGGAAGUAGCACUUUGUCGCUUAUGAUAUUGUACGUCUAGUAACUCGCGCCAAAAUGUGUAUUGUAAAUAAAUGUGCCGUGUUCCUUAAAUAUAAAUGAACUUGCUGUACAGUCAAGAACACGAGAAUAGCAGACAAUUUAUUGCAGCAAGAUUGUAAGAGGCAGAUACACGAAAACGGGAAGAAACAACGAAAUGCAAGUAAUACGGGUGUCACACGGCGCACUUUUAAACGCGAUCAAGCCCAAUCCGAUUUGAAUUUCUCACUCACGAUUGGUUCUUUUGCGCAAGCUGCGCGAUGGCGCCAAUAUCCGUCGCGAAUUUCAAUCCGGAUCGGACUUGCUCGCGAUCGCAAGUGGUCGUGUGACACCGGUAUAGUGGAGAAUAGUUGAAAAUUAAUGGCGUGAUGGCAAUGACUUUGCAUAAGCAAAACACAUAGAAGACGUGUUGCAACUAUCCAGAUAAUGAAAAAGAAAACUGCAAAUACACGACAGCAAUUAAUUUACUUAAAAUGGGAUUGUUUUCGAAGGGAAAAAAAUAUGACGUGUUUCUUGUACUUCUGCGAAGGAACGUGAAUGGGGCAGCAAAUUUGUGAUUGGUAGCGUGCCGAAAUAAAAUGGCUGCAAAAAUAAUUGAGCACGCACCAACAUCUUCAUCUCGAAUGUGUAAGCCAGUGUGUCCGUCAUUAAAGAGCUGCAAUUAAGCACUUUGUGUUGGGGGUCUUCACCUGCUGUCUUCGAAGCCUUGCAAUUGUCUUCUGAUACUUGGAAUAUUGCCCUUGAGUAUGCGUGAUGUCCUUUGGCUGUGCAGUGUAUAUUGAGGAAAUGGUGGAGAUUCCUGCAAUACGUAGAAUCACAGACAGAAGGUAAGCAAUACUGGAGGCUUCAAAGCUAUUGAAUGUAGACGCUACUUUCCUUCGUAUUAGCAAUAUUGGAGCCUGCAAAGCUUUAAAAUGGAGAUGCGUUCGUUCAUGCAAUGCGCAUUUUAUUUUAUUUUUUGUUAAGAAAGCACUGUUAUAAAGGCUAAGAAACAAGUAACUUUCUACGGUAACGACUCCAUACUCAAAA